UGGUGUGCCGGAAGCAAGGUACGGCCGCCAAGAUUGACAAAGGAAACUUCAACUUUUUGAACCCGCUCGCUUAUCCGACGGCGGCAAGCGCGGCGGCAGCAGCGGCAGCGGCGGCGGCAGCAGCAGCAGCAGCAGCGAACGGUGGUACGGGUAGCGGGGGCGGCAUCAGUAGCACCGGCAGCAGCGGAAGUACCAGUGGUGGUGGUACCGCAGGCUCGAUCGGAACCAGCCUUGCCGGGUUGGGCGGUGCAACAGGUGCGGGAGCGAUCGGUGGCAGUAACGUUGGUGCGUCGGCCAGCGGCGGCACGGCGUCGGCGGCUGCAGCGGCGGCGGCGGCAGCGGCAGCAGCGGCGGCAGCGGCAGUAAGCGGCAACAACCAUCCGCACCAUCCGCACCAUCCACAUCCGCAUCAUCACCACCAUCACCAUCCGCACCAUCCGCACCACCAUCCGCACCAUCAUCCGCACCACCAUCCGCACUUUGGACCGUUGGGCGGCGGUGCGGACGCGGGCGGCUCGAUCGGUGGACCGGGUGUCAGCAUCGGCGGUGCCGGAGGCGGCGUCGGCGGAAUAGGCGGUGGUGCAGGUGUCGGUGGAGGAGGCGUUGGGGUAGGUGGUGGCGGUGUGGGAGGAGGCGGUGGUGGUAUACCCGGUCUAAGGAUGGACUGCGACUACUCGAAGCUGUUCUACGCUAAACGUGAGUACGAUGAAUGGAUUAAGGCGGAUCUUCUGCAGUGUUUCGAUAGUGGACUGGGAGCCAGCACCAUUACGGCAAGGUGGACACAGAUGGGUCCAGGACCAACGGCCGGUUCGUUGGUCCCGGACGACACCAACGGUUCCGGCGUGGACGGUGGCAAGCAUUUGGACGUCGGCGACAUGAGCGAUGACGAUCAGGAUCUGUCGUCGGCGGAUGCCGAGGGCGUUUGGAGUCCGGACAUCGAACAGAGCUUCCAGGAGGCACUAGCCAUCUAUCCACCGUGCGGACGUCGAAAAAUCAUUCUCUCCGAGGAAGGCAAAAUGUAUGGUCGCAAUGAAUUGAUCGCACGCUACAUCAAACUACGCACCGGCAAGACGAGAACUAGGAAGCAGGUCAGCUCGCACAUACAAGUAUUAGCUAGAAGGAAGUUGCGCGAGUUCCAGGCCAAAAUGAAAGUGCAAUUUUGGCAGCCGGGUUUGCAACCGAGCACUUCCCAGGAUGUGAAACCGUUCGCCCAGCCCGGUUACCCCAUGAAGACCGCCACCGCCGUCUCGGAAGGUGCCCUGCAGCCCACACACCCAUGGGAGGGACGCGCCAUUGCAACGCACAAGUUCCGGCUGGUUGAGUACAGCGCCUACCUGGAGUUGCGCGCCGAAGAAACCUAUCACAAGCACCUGUUCGUCCACAUAGCGGAUACGCCGGCCAACCCACUGUUGGAAUCGGUGGAGGUGAAAGAAAUCUAUGACAAGUUCCCCCAGAAGUCCGGCGGCUUGAAGGAGCUGUACGAGAAGGGUCCGAGCAAUGCGUUCUUCCUCGUAAAGUUUUGGGCGGAUCUCAACACAAACAUCGCUAACGAUGCGGGCGCAUUCUACGGUGUCAGCAGUCACUACGAAAGUAACGACAAUAUGGUGAUUACCUGCUCGACAAAGGUGUGUUCCUUCGGGAAACAGGUGGUGGAGAAGGUUGAAACGGAAUACUCCCGCAUCGAGAACGGUCGCUACGUGUACCGGAUCAGUCGGUCACCGAUGUGCGACUACAUGAUUAACUUCAUCAACAAGCUGAAACACCUUCCGGAGAAGUACAUGAUGAACAGUGUGCUGGAGAACUUCACCAUCCUGCAGGUUAUAUCCAACAAAGACACAGACGAGACGCUACUGUGUGUGGCGUUCGUGUUCGAGGUGUCGACCUCCGAGCACGGUGCGCAGCAUCACAUCUACCGUCUGGUAAAGGAAUAGCAAGAAAUCAACAAUCACCGCGUGCACCAUAGACUAGAUAACACUAGCGACAGCAUUAUCCUAAGCAAUCCGAACAUUCUGGCCAGCGGCGAUUACGGCAACACCGCCCACAGCAACAACAACAGCAGCAGUGAUGGUAACAACAACAGCACCGCUAGCCUAAACCGCGAACGUACAGCGCCCACGAAUGCGUCCGACCACACCAAUCAAGAUCCUUCUGCUCAGCAUCUGCAACUACCACCGGUUGACCUUCCCAGCUGCCUCGUCGCUGAGCAAGGGGCCGGGGAUCUAGCAGCAAUAAUUCCAUCCCAUCGGCAAUCAACCGCUUCCCAUCAACCGCACGGCGGAGAGUUACCGUUGGAGGUACUACCCGCACCGUCAGGCGUUACAUCUUCCACCGGUGACGGCAAACCGGACCUACCGGAGAUAACGCCAUUGCACACCGGUACCCAGCAACAGCGUCACCAGUCCGUCAAGCAGGAGUAUCUCGGCAUGGAACCGGAGUACAGCACGGUAGCAACAUUAGCUGCGGAUGCGAAAAGCUCCCAACUGUUACUGCACCGUCCCAUCCAUCAGCUGCUGCGCGACUGAACGAAACACGUCCGUGACGGUGUAUACGGAAGGGAGACGGGAAUAGCUAGCGAACCUAUUGCUAUACAGAGGGCAUGGGCGCAAAACAUAAGGAAACAAAAUUACAUUAAGUGGAAAAAAACAUGAAACAACAGUGCCUAUAAACAGAAACGGAUGAGAUGGAUGCUUAAUUGUAGGGAAGCGUCAACACUAGGUAUCAAAGCAAGCAUGAUAUGAAACAAAAAAACACAAGACACACACACACACACUUUCAUAAAACAAAACAAACGCAAAAAAACAGCCUGAAAUGACGUUUACUAUUAGUAGUAACGCCUACUACUGUAUACGUUACAUUUUGCCGCAACUAAUUUUUUCCCCGAUUUUGACAUCUACGUUACACUAUUAUUUUUUUUUUAAUUUGACAUAUUGAAAAAUUUGGACCAACACAACAACAAAUGCAAGUACACCCGCUAGAUGUUAGUAUUAUUAGUUGUAAUGGAAGUAGUAAUCCCUCCCUCCUUGUGUGUGUGUGUUAGAAUGUGUGCGUGCGCUACAGAUGCUGUGUCAGAAUGGAACGAUCGAGCCAUAUAUCCUAGAGCCUUGUGCAUUACACACUUGCAACAAAAAAAAACGAAGGCAUAAUGUGUAAUAUAGCUGCUAGAGUUUAUUAUUUGCCACAGUACAAAACAAAACACGAGCGUUCGCUGUGCGCACUGUUCGAAUGAUUUCCAUCCUAUACAUGAAUGUGUGGGUGUGUUUAUGCGUACAUGGUGAGUGUGUGUGUGACGCUAGUAAAAAUGGAUUGAUUCUGUGAUUACUAUUCCGUUUGACUUUUGUCGUGAUGAAAUGCUGAACGAUUUUGCUGUAAAAUUGUGUACACGUAAAUUGUUUAAAAUUUUUUCUUCACACCUACACCCACACACACCUGCACACGUGCGCAAACAGUCACAAAUACGAACUUCUGUGUCAGUCAUUUGCAGCUGAAUUUAUACACAGAUUAGCUAAACGAAAACACCGGCAAAUGGUUAGGGCAGUGUUGAGGUAAAUCAGAUUUGGCAAAAAAAAAAACAAAGGAUAAAUAGCUUCUCAUGGAAGCAAUGCGAGUUAAAUAUGUAAAUAAUUUCCCACCCUUUUUCCAACACCCUUUUUUUAUUACUUUCCAUCUAUCACUUUGAUUGGAUCUGUUUGAGAUUAGAAUUUCGUUAAGUUUGGCUAAGCGGCCGCCCCCGGUGGUAAGGGUAACGGGGGGAGAGGGGCAAGGUGUAGUUGAGCUGUCGACGGGCACCACGGUCCAACCGCACCUCGGGUGCUUAGUCCAAAACUAGUUUUAUGAGAAUUUGAUAAUUUAUCCUACCAGGCAGAUAAAGAGGUAGGGGGCCAUUCAGUGGGUCCCAUUAGAGAGGAAGUGGUACGGGUUUUGCUUAACCGGUGCCGUGUUGCGAAUUCGCAUUCGAUACGAACGUAAGAACAUAAUAGCGCGAUACUGCACGAAUAAUGCCAGUAUCCCUGCGUUGCCAUGUUGUUGCGUAGAAAAAAGGUAUACAAUAUUCGAGGCGUUAUUAUUAUUAUUUUUUUUUUUGGAGGGAGAGCGCAACGUAAAUAGUCCAUAUUCGCCUUUACAAAUGAAAGGGAAACACGCCAACGUUUAUAUUAGGUUCAUGUACAAAAAAAAACAAAAGCAUAAUUUUGCUUACGAAACACCCACGAAGCUUAGGAAAUCAAUGUUAAGUUUCUUCCUUUUUUUAUAUUAGACUCAUAGUGCGAUAACUACGCGGAAGCAUUAGGAAUCCAACGAUUAUAGUGAAAGCAAACAUGGUCAAUAGGCCAUAUCAGUUCACUUCUACAUAAUGCCGCCAAGGCGGGCAGCGUGUAUAACACCGUGUAUAACAGCGUGCGAACGCUAUCGAAAUCGAAGAGUCUUUCCAAUAGAUUUCUGUGCUCCUUAUUUUUUUUUAAAGAAAAAAAAUGCAUAUAAGCAACACAAACACGUAAGAAGUAUCCUUCACUUUAUUUUUUUUGUUGUGCGAUAGGUUGCGAUCCAUCGACGAAAUAAUGCGUACAUGUUGUUUUUUUUCCGGCAAAUUUAUUAUAAUUUAUUAUAACUCUUAACCGUAGGUAUAGAUUUGAAAGCAACAACAAUGUUUUUUUUUUCUUUUUUAUUUUUUUGAUUCUCCGUUCUUCAAAACAAAGCAAUGUGCAUUGGUAAAAACAUACAAAACAAAAUCCUACACAACAAAACACAUACACCACGAGAGGAAUCCGUUUAGGAUAGAUAUUAAAGAAAUUAUCAUCUGACACGACUGUAAGGCAGUGAACUAAAAACGUACUAAAAGGGUGAAACGUGCUGUAAAAAAAGGCACAAAGGAGUGGAAACAAAGCAAAGCGAUCGUGAGAAGCUUAACGUGUAUGUGUACUAAUCAGCCAAUCCAAUAAUUCAUACUGAUAUAUUUAAAAAGAAGAAACGAAACGAAAUCACAACAUAGCAAGAUAUGCUUGCAACAAGAAGCAAACACAGAAGCAAAACAAAACAAGCAAAUAAACAGACACAAUUUACAAUAAGAACAAAAAAAAAAGCAACAAGAACGUUUGUAGGGAAAUGUAUCAUAUUUCUUCGUUGUAGUGCGUGUGCGUGUGUGUGUGUGUGUGAGUGGUAAAAUAUAGCAAAUAGGAAGGCGGGAGAGCAGGUGGGAGCAAUUUUGCAGCAGCCAUUGUUUUUUUUUCAUAUAAAUACUUUUUUUUUGUUUUAUGUAAAGUACAUCAAUCAAAAAUAAUUCGUUUUGAUCUCCCUUUAGUAAGUCAUGCAAGAAUUUAAUAAUUAAUUUUAACAAGAAACAAGAAUUGUGCCGAUGGAUAAACAGAUAGGAGGCGAUUCUGCUACGCAUAUGUCAAUAUGGAUUUUUUUCAUUUUCUUUAUUUUUCAUGAAUUAUUACGAUCGUGAAAGACUUUUAAUAGGGGCGCUCCCUUGCCUGGAGUAAUUAUUUUUCAGUAUGUUUUUUUUCUCGCUUAGCUACCUACAGGUAAAAUACGUCUAUAUCAAUCCAUAGUUUGCGGUCUUCUGUGAAAACCGUGUGAAAUCGUUCAACAAACAAAAUUAAUUUCAAAGUAAAUUACCACCCAAGAAAGCGAUAAAUUUCUUGAACAAAAUACAACAAAUAAUAUUGCAAAUGCAGUGGGAAAAACAUUCAUUGACAAAAUUAACCACCCCGCCGUUUGGUACAUCGUGACACGUAAAAUUUAACUUUCAUCAGUCGUUCGAUUUUUAUUCUCUUUUAUGGCAACGCGAGCAAUCGAAAAAGGGAGCGCAAUUGUAAAUAAAAGCGCAAAGAAAAGAAAACAAAUCCUAGGUUGGUGUAUCUUCCCCCCCCC